AUGGACGACAUUGUGCAAGAGCUCAACGAGCUCUUCGCUGGAUCAGCGCCGGACGGCCUCGCUCAAGAUGUCCUUACGGAGCUGCAAUCCAUGCUGCGACUGCAUGGCAUCACGCCGCAAGAACUCUUCUACAAAUGGGAAUCAUACAGCAUGAAAAUGGGAUCAGACGACACCAAAUUGGACCUAAACACCGUUCGUGCUUUCAAAAGAGAUGUCCAGGAUUCGCUGGAACGAGAGACCCGUGGAAAGACCCAUCAAGUCCGGGGCACAGAAAAGAAACCUGGCGUGGCAGCGACGCCUCGAGCUGGCAAGACCGAUGUUUUUGGAAUGCUAGAUGACUUGACACCCAACACGCCUCAAUCCCGCAUCAAUGGCUCCGCGAAACGAAAAUCGAAUUUCGAAACACCGUCGGGACCCAAGACGGGGAGAAUGGAUGUUACUGGGACGCCUGCGGGCUUCAAGACGCCAUCCAAGGACGCCAAUGGAGUAGAUGGCUUGCAGCCCGUUUCGUUCGCCGAAAGACAGAACCCAGGCCAGGUCCUGGAGACUCUUAAUGCUCACCUGGAUUUGCCCAAAACGCCUAUGGCCCCGUUUCCCGAACCUCGUAUUCGACCAACAGCAAACACAGAUUUGAAGAAGUUUGGGUAUAAGCCAAUGUCCAUGCGGCUGAACGAGGCGUCGGAGAUUCUGGAUGACCGAAUAGACGAAUUUACGGAUUUAUUUGAGAAGAAAUAUCCUGAUGUUACGUUUGGAAGUGCUGCAACACAAAGCACAAGCGAAAUAGUGGCAGUUGGCCGGAUUGCUUCGGACAGUCUGGAGGGUAAGCUUAACGUGGCUUCCCUCGUGCUCGAGACAUCUCGACGGACUGGAGCUGGUCUUCGAGUGCCUCUAAAAGUCGACUCUCUGCCGUCUGUACAGUUUUUUCCGGGCCAAAUUGUCGCUCUCCGAGGAAUAAACGCCUCGGGAGAAUUCUUUUCCGUCAAAGAGGUCCUAACACUACCCUUACUUCCUACAGCGGCGUCAUCCCCUGCUACUAUAGAUACAAUAAACGAAAGACUCGGAGGCGCCGAUGUGGAUCAGCCAUUGAAUGUCUUUUUUGCCGCUGGCCCAUAUACGGCUGACGACAAUCUGGAAUUUGAGCCUCUCCAAGAACUAUGCAAAAAGGCUACCGACGAGUAUGCGGACGCUUUGCUACUCUUAGGCCCUUUCAUAGAUCUAGAGCACCCACUCAUCGCAACUGGUGACUUCGAUGUCCCCGACAUUCCCGGUCUGGAUCCAGACACUGCUACUCUGACCGCACUGUUCCGCCAUUUCAUCUCCAAGCCGCUCCAACAGCUGUGCGCAGCUGUUCCUGGCAUCACAAUUAUGCUUGUACCAUCAGUACGGGAUGCUAUUAGCAAACAUGUAUCGUGGCCGCAGGAACAAUUGCCGAAGAAAGAGCUUGGACUGCCCAAGCAAGUUCGCAUUGUCUCAAACCCAGUGACAUUGUCCCUCAACGAGAGCGUGGUUGGAUUGUCUUCGCAUGAUACGCUGUAUGAGCUACGAAAGGAGGAAGUCCUUGGUGGACGGCCAGCAGAAGCCAAUCUUUUGACUCGCUUACCCAAGUAUAUGAUCGAGCAACGACACUUUUCACCUAUAUUUCCUCCGUCUUCUCGAGAUACCUUACCUAGGGCCAGCGGGCCUAACAGCGUCCUACCAUUAGGUGCCAUGGUAGAUGUCAGCUAUCUCAAACUAGGGGACUGGUGGAACGUCCGACCAGACAUCCUUAUUACACCCAGCAUACUUCCACCAUUCGUGAAGGUUGUUGAAAGUGUCCUAGUGAUUAACCCUGGGACUCUAUCCAAGCGCCGGGCUGCCGGCACAUAUGCAAACAUGGCCUUACAUCCUCGAGUCAUAUCUAAAGAGGAACAACAAGAGAAACAGCUCGGUCACAAGGUAUUCGAACGAGCCCGAGUCGAUAUUGUACGCAUAUAG